CCUCUUUCUUCAACUAACACACGUGGGCUCAGAAGUGCCGUAGACGAUCUAGCAAAAUGCCCUCAUAUAAAGUCGCGGACAUUGGUUUGGCCGAUUGGGGCCGCAAAUGCAUUGAAGUUGCUGAAAAUGAAAUGCCUGGAUUGAUGCAGAUGAGAACAAAAUAUGGUAAGACUAAGCCUUUGGCCGGAGCCCGGAUCGCUGGAUGUCUUCAUAUGACCACACAGACAGCAGUGCUCAUUGAAACUCUUACAGCCCUCGGAGCAGAGGUUCAGUGGAGUAGCUGCAACAUUUUCUCAACACAGGACUUUGCUGCAGCAGCUAUAGCCAAAACUGGUGUCCCAGUCUAUGCUUGGAAGGGAGAGACUGAUGAGGAGUACAUCUGGUGUAUUGAACAGACUUUGAUGUUCCCUGAUGGCAAACCUCUGAACAUGAUCCUUGAUGAUGGUGGUGAUCUCACCAAUCUUGUCCACGAGCGUUUCCCACAGUACCUCGAGGGGAUUAAGGGACUGUCGGAGGAGACCACCACAGGUGUCCACAAUCUCUACAAAAUGAUGAAGAAUGGAAAACUUAAGAUCCCAGCCAUCAAUGUCAAUGAUUCAGUUACCAAGAGCAAGUUUGAUAACCUGUACGGCUGUCGUGAAUCACUCGUUGAUGGCAUCAAGCGUGCAACAGAUGUUAUGUUGGCUGGUAAGGUUGCCAUGGUUGCUGGUUAUGGAGAUGUUGGUAAGGGAUCUGCCCAUGCCCUGAGAGCUUUUGGUGCCCGUGUACUUGUCACAGAAAUUGAUCCAAUCAAUGCCCUCCAGGCUGCAAUGGAAGGAUUUGAAGUGACAACUGUUGAGGAAGCUCUGAAGAAGGCCAGAAUCUUCGUCACUGCUACUGGGUGUAAGGAUAUCAUUCAUGGUAACAUGUUCGAACAGAUGCUGGAGGAUGCUGUUGUGUGUAAUAUCGGACAUUUUGACUGUGAACUUGAUGUCAAAUGGCUUAAUGAAAACUGUGCCAAAAAAGAACAAAUCAAACCUCAGGUUGAUAGAUAUACUCUGAAGAAUGGGCGUCAUAUCAUACUGCUUGCUGAGGGUCGUCUUGUGAAUCUCGGCUGUGCCCAUGGACAUCCAAGCUUUGUCAUGUCCAAUUCCUUUACAAAUCAAGUUCUUGCCCAAAUUGAACUGUGGACCACACCCUACAAACUUGGUGUUCAUCUUCUACCAAAGACUCUUGAUGAACAAGUAGCUGCUGCUCAUCUUGAUCACUUGGGAGUUAAGCUGACCAAACUCUCGGCAGACCAGUCAGAGUACCUCGGAAUCCCACAAGAAGGUCCCUUCAAACCAGAAAUUUACAGAUACUAAGAUGUAUGGAGAGCCAAGGGGGACUCGAGGACAGUGGCUAUUUGAUAUAGUACAUAGAUAUUUAUGCAGAUAUGUCGCUCAAUUCAUUAGCAACCUGUCACCCCUAUAAGUGUUAUUAGACCAAUCAUGAACUAAGAAAGAGCUCAUCUAAUUCACUAUAAUGGGGUUGAUAUGGUUCUAAGAUAAAAUGGGUUUCAUGAGACACAACUCUUAUCAAAUUUUGUGUGGGGAUGGAAUUGAGUACCAUUUCAUUUGCAUGAUGAGAAUAAGAUAUAUAUCAUAAGUUAAGAACUGUCAUUGAGAAUUCAGAAAUCCAAUUGAACUGUGUAUGUUUGUUGGUAAUGUUAUUUGUUACAGAUGCUGUGUUUCUGAAUUUCCAAUAUUAAAGCUUUAAGCUAUGCUAAUGCAAACAAGGCCUCCCAUAUAUAUCUGUAAAUGAGUCCAUUUGAAAUAGUUCUUUGCUAAAAUGGAGUGCAUUUUUUUCCAGGCAUAUUGAAUAUAUUUUAAACAGAUUUGUUUUCUAUCAUGUCAUCUUCAUGAAAAAUAAAAAGAAAAAAAUAUUAGAAA